ACCUGCCUCCUUCUCCUCCCUGGGCUGGGCUGGACUGCACACCCACAGGCGGCAGAGGACCAAAGGAGGGCCGCCGGUCGAUCGAGGAUGGGCAACUGCCAGGCGGCGGAGGCGGCGACGGUGGUGAUGGUGCAGCACCCGGGCGGCCGCGUCGAGCGCCUCUACUGGGCCACCAGCGCCGCCGAGGUCAUGCGCGCCAACCCGGGCCACUACGUAGCGCUCGUCACGCACCGCGCGGAUGCCGACGACGAGAAGCGGUCCCAGCAGCAGCAGCACAGGCGCGCCACGCGGGUGAAGCUGCUCAAGCCCCGGGACACGCUGGUGCUCGGCCAGGCGUACCGCCUCAUCACCGUCGCCGAGGUCACCAAGGCGCUGCAGGCCAAGAAGGAGGAAAAGACGCGGAGGGCGCAGCAGCAGCUGCAGCACGUGGUGGUAGUUCAGCGGAAGCACGCCGGCGGGAGGACGGGCUCCGGAGACGACGACGACGACUGCCUUGACCAGGAGAAGGACGGCGCCGGCCAACCACGGAGCGGCAGCGGCAGCGGCUCGAGCUCGGCAGCGGCGCACUCUGGCGCGAGGCAGCAUCGCCAUUGGCGCCCUUCUCUCCACAGCAUCGCCGAAGUCAGCAGCUGAUGUGACGAGUCCUUGGCCGGUGGGUGAAUAUAUGGGCUGGCUGCUGCAUCUGUCCCUAGAGUCGGAUGAUGAGACGAUCGGCCGGUCUGGGCGCCUCAGACUCUCAGUACAAAACAGACGAUUAAGUAGUCCCACAGGGCCCCUAGUUAGAAUCAGCCCAUGUAAUAUAAGAAGUGACAGAUCGGUUGGGAGCUGGGACACACUAAGGUAAUGAUGUUUGGUUCACGUGUUGUUAUGGGAAACGGUAACGAGAUCUCUUACGAGUGGUAAUGUUUAUAAGGCAACCGUUGAGCAUCAAAA